AUGGCAGACGGCUCGCGAAUCGAACGUCUCCACACUCACGACCUUGAACUCGGAGCCACCGAAGUCCUCCAGAAGCACGUAUCUCGCCAUGUCGUCGCCGAGAAACGAGUCUCGCAACGCAAGUUGGACUUUGAACGAUCACGACCCCGCUGGCUGCGAGAAUGCAUCGCUGAAGCGACUGGUGUUUUCUUCUACGUCUUUCCCGGCAUAGCGGCAAUCACGGCCUUUACCAUCAACAAGGAGGAUGCCGCAUUUGGCAGUCUCUUCUCGGUCGGAAUGGCGUUCGCGUUCGGCAUCGCCUUUGCUAUCAUUACCUGCGGACCAACAUCGGGUGGACACUUCAACCCGGCGGUCACAAUCUCUCUUGCCAUCUAUCAAGGCUUCCCGUGGAAAAAAGUCCCAUACUACAUCUUCUCUCAAGUGUUUGGGAGUUUCAUGGCGGGUCUGUUGUUGAUGGGUAUGUACCACGAGCAGAUCCAGAGCUACACGGCGGGACUUCUUGCGGACGGCGGGCGAGAGGUGAUGAAUGGUGGUCCGGCGAGUUUCCUGGUUUCAUUCCCGACGGAAGACCAACAAAACCUUGGGUACCUGUUCCUGAUCGAAUUCUUCGUCUGCAGUUACUUGGGCAUCGUGAUCUGGGCAGUCUUGGAUCCAGCAAAUCCCUUCGUAUCGCCAGCUGGAGCACCCUUUGUCAUCGGUCUUGCGUACGCAACGAUGGUCUGGGCCUUUGCAGAUAUCACCAUCGGCACGAACAUGGCGAGGGACCUUGGCGCUCGGUUGGUUGCAUUGAUCUUCUAUGGAAGAGAAGCCUUCACCUACCGCAGCUACUCGUGGAUCCCGAUCCUUGUCAACAUUCCGGCAACGGUCCUGGCGGCAUCUUUCUACGAAUUAAUCAUGCGCGAUUCGCUGCAAGUCAUAGGGAAAGGAGCUGCGCUUCAUGAAGAUGGCGAGGAGGGUCUGACCAGGCAUUUGACCUCCACUGGCAUGAUAAGGGCCACUGGGGAUGUGUAUUUUAGUAAUGAGUCGGACGACAGCAAGCGCAAGAACUGA